AUGCGCAUUCGAGCGUGCAGAAAAACCGACCUCCCCGCUAUCCGAACCAUCCUCGAGUACUACGUUCUCAACACCGUCAUCACACUGGCCCUCACGCCUCCAACAUGUGAUCAAGUCCGCGAGAGCUGGCACAACGCUACGAGCCACGGCCUGCCCUAUCUAGUUGCCGUACAAGAUGACCCGGACAAUGUGCUUGGCUUCGGUUAUGCUGGUGAGUUCAGAGGUGGAGGAGGACGAGGAGGCUAUCGCCAUACCGUUGAGCUCUCCUUGUUCUGCCACCCUGAUCAUAUGAAGAAAGGCAUUGGUUCGCGUCUGCUUCAGCAAUUGAUCGAGAUUCUAAAGGCCCCGGAGCGGUUCCCAGACUACGUCAGUGUGUCGAGAAAAGAAGACGACAAGGUUCGCAUGCUCCUGGCGUGCAUGAGUGUUGACGAGAAGACAUGGGGAGGAGGCUUAGGUCUACGGGACUUCUAUGUAAAGCAUGGCUUCGACGAAGUAGGCCACAUGAACAAGGUCGGCCAUAAGUUCAACAGGUGGUGCGUAGCUCCUAUAUAUGCACACAAACUAGGUUGGUUGCCUUCGACGCUGACAGUUGGUGGAUAG